AUGAGCUUCAAGUUGACGGUGACUUCAGAUCUGCCAAGUCCUCCGGUCCGAUUGACGACGCUGGGCAUGAUUCCUGAAAGGUUCCGACAAUACUGCGCACUUCAGAUACAUGCUGGUCCCGGCGAUGCUUUCUUCGGCAUGCGGGCUUGUUUGUCUUGGCAAGAGACGAAGAGGCAGGAAGUGGAGGAGGCGAUAGUGAACCUGUGGGGAGGAGCGAAUCACUCGAUCCCUUUGCUGUCAGUCCGCAGCGGGCUGCAUCUUCUCUUGCAGACUUUGUCUCUUCCUCGAGGGUCGGAGGUUCUCAUCUCAGCGUUGAACAUCCCUGACAUCCCCGCGAUCCUCGAGCUCCACGGGCUGGUUUGCAUCCCCGUCGAUCUCUCCAUCAACACUCUCCAUGUCGACAUGCAGCAGCUGCGAUCCGCCGUGACCAGCCGAUCUCGAAUGAUCUUCAUCGCACAUGUUUAUGGAGCGAGGAACGACAUGACGGAGAUUGUUCGCAUCGCGAGAGAGCAUGGUCUCUUCCUUGUCGAGGAUUGCGCGGAGGCUCUCGAUAGCUCUCAGUACCAGGGGCAUCCGGACGUGGAUGUCAGCUUGUUCAGCUUCGGCCCCAUCAAGUAUGCGACAGCCUUCCAGGGGGCAAUCAUGAAAGUGAAGGAGGAGGAGCUCUGCAGGAGGCUGAGGAAGCAACAUGCGCGGUGGUCGGGGCAGAGGACCGUCAGCUACUUCUUCCGAUGUCUCAAGUUCUUCAUCCUCACUUGCCUGCAACGACCCUUCCCGCUCUGGCUCAUCAUAUUCAUCCUCCGCCUCCUCGGUGUCGACCACCAGAGGCUCUUCGUCGGCCUCGUCCGAAGUUUCGGCAGGCACGUCUCUCCCCACCAUCUCCUCCGCAAAGUCGCUCGAAGGCCCUGCCUCGCCCUCCUCCGCUCCAUGCUCGUGAGGAUGGAAAGACACUUGAACGGGGGCAACCAAGACAACAGGACGUGCGGCAUGAAGAUGGUGAAGCUGCUUCAGCCGCUGGUGGGCUCCAACAUCCUCCUGCCAGGCCUCGACGCCUCGUCGCACUCCUUCUGGAUCUUUCCCAUACUCGUCAAGAACCCUCGCUCGCUCGUCACCAAGCUUCAGGCAGAUGGCAUCGACGCAAGCACAGGAUCUACGCAGAUCACACUGGUGAAGAGAACAAGGCGAAGGCGGACCAAAGGAGAGGAGGAGGAAGCUAGAAGCAGGAGAAGAGGAGAGGAAGAGGUGGAAAAAGGGGCAAGAAGGAGGGAAGGGGGAGAGGAGGAGGAGGAGGAGGAGGAGGAGGAGGAGCGGCUGCCGUGCGUGAAGUGGAUGAUGGAGCAUAUCAUCUUCCUGCCCGUCUCUCGCUAUGAGUCGCACGAGAGGCUCAAGCGGAUCGCGAGCAGAGUGAUGGAGCAUGUGCGACCUGAGGCCAUGGCGACGAUGAGCGACCUGAGGCCAUGGCGACGAUGAGCGACCUGAGGCCACGGCGACGAUGAGCGACCUGAGGCCACGGCGACGAUGAGCGACCUGAGGCCAUGGCGACGAUGAGCGACCUGAGGCCAUGGCGACGAUGAGCGACCUGAGGCCAUGGCGACGAUGAGCGACCUGAGGCCAUGGCGACGAUGAGCGACCUGAGGCCAUGGCGACGAUGAGCGACCUGAGGCCAUGGCGACGAUGAGCGACCUGAGGCCAUGGCGACGAUGAGCGACCUGAGGCCACGGCGACGAUAAGCGACCUGAGGCCACGGCGACGAUGAGCGACCUGAGGCCACGGCGACGAUAAGCGACCUGAGGCCACGGCGACGAUGAGCGACCUGAGGCCAUGGCGACGAUGAGCGACCUGAGGCCACGGCGACGAUGAGCGACCUGAGGCCAUGGCGACGAUGAGCGACCUGAGGCCAUGGCGACGAUGCGGGGCCGAUGUGGCAGGAGAAGGGGGCGAUGAAGGAGAUUAAAAUCCUCAGGGUACCUUG